UGCGAUAACGAUAUAGCACGUGUUUGAGGUUAUGUUAUGUUUUCGAUAAAGGUUUUCGCGAUUCCGAAACGCAAUAAUUUCGUCUCGUUUACCGCCAUCGCGGCCCAAAAUUUGGGAUUCGCGUCGACGUUGUCACCGUGUCGUGCUCGUUUAUCGUUUCGUUUUGACUGCCGAAAAAUGGAUUUGAAGAGUUUAAAGGACCGAACGCUGUUCGCGGUCGUCGGAUGUACGGGCACAGGGAAAACGAAACUCGGCGUGAGGCUAGCUCAGGAGCUGGGCGGCGAAGUCGUGUCGGCCGAUUCCAUCCAAGUUUACAAAGGUCUUGACGUGGCCACCAAUAAGGCUACCUGUGAAGAGAUGGAUGGAGUCCCGCACCACAUGAUGGGCACCGUGGAUUGGCGUGACGAGUGUAACGUACACCAGUACAGGAACGAAGCUCUAAAAAUUAUUAAGGACAUAUUUUCUAGGGGAAAAGUGCCGGUGGUGGUCGGCGGCACGUCGUACUACAUUGAAUCUAUCAUCUACGACAACCUGGUACAGGGAUCCGUCGACGGGGAACCGGGAUCAGACGUGGCGGACGACGAAGACGAUCAGGACGACGACGAGCAGGAUGACGACGGCGACGACUUAUCUGUGGGCGCUUUUCGCGAAUACGCCAGUUUCCGGAACGUUAACGACGUCCCGACGGCUGUCACGGCGACCGGGGCCAGCCGCUUGUACGCAGACGCGUUGGCCGAGGCGGUCAGGUUCGCGCGAACCAUGGCGGCCGUCGGCCGACUGCCGUUCCGGCGGUACAGGAACACGUUCGUCAGCGUAGACGACGUGGACGACUCGCGGAUGGCGGAACCGUGGCCGCUGACGGUGGCCGAAUGCGAGACGGCUGCGUUGUACGCGCACGGCGUCCGCGUGCUCGACGCGGUGGCCAGUUCAGUCGACGGUCACACCGGCGGCGUACCGGACGUCCGGUACGAAGUGAUGGCCACGGACGUGGCGGUCGGCCACCGCGAGCGGUACGGGUUCGCCGACGUCCAGUCCAGGUUGGACGGCAUUCUUGCGCUGGUGAAAGCGGUGGACGUCUCCGCGAAGCCGGCAGUCGCGGAAGUAGACGGGAACGUUCGGGCUGCCCUGUGCCGGGCGCACGCAGAGCUGCAGAUGCGAACGCAGCGGCUGGCGCUGGCCCUGUUGGUCGACCAGGAACGGACGGCCGUGGAUCUGCUGACGCCGGCCGCGCUCAAGGCGCACGCCGCGUACUUCGACCCGGUGGCGGCCAGCGCGCUCCAUCCGCACAAUACUCGGAAAGUGUUCAGGACUAUACAGAUUUAUCUGGUGCAGGGCAAGCAAAAGAGCAAGCUGUUUGAGGAACAGAGAACCCGGGUUAACGGGUCCGAUGUACCAGUGGUUGCUUUGCGGUUCAAAGAAGUGCACAUGAUGUGGCUAACAUGCGAAGCGGACAUUUUGAACAGACGACUCGAAGAACGCACGGACGAGAUGGUAGAACGAGGAUUGAUCGACGAGCUUUGCCAAUUUAAAAACGAACUUUCCAAAAUCAACUUCAAUUUGGACUUUACAAAGGGCGUGUUACAAUGCAUUGGUCUGAAACAGUUUCAGCAGUAUUUGGAGCUGCCGGUAGACAGUCGCAAUACCGAGAUUGGCCGCAAGUGUCUGGAGGAUGCGCUCAUCGCCAUGAAGUACAUGACCAAAAAGUACGCCAGGCGGCAGAUACGAUGGAUCAACAACCGUUUUCUCAAGCCCAACGACAAACAGGCCGUCUCGGUGUACCAACUGGACUGCACCGACCUCAAGGAGUGGCAGCGACUAGGCGACCAGGCGGUAGACUUAGCACAGGUUGUUUUGGGCAGGAAACCUCGCGGUGAACACACGCUAGAGCCCAUCGAUAUCAGCGAUCAAAAAAUCGUUUUACCUGUAUACGGCGAUUAUUAUUGCGAAGACUGUUCCAGACCAUUUUCUAAUGACAUACAGUACAACAUCCAUAUGGGUUCAAAGAAACAUGUUAAAGUAAUGAUGAAACGUAAACGAAAACUCCAAGAUACAAAUUUACACAACGACGGCGACAGCGAGAAAAAAUUGUAUACUCAUAGAAAAACAUAGAUUAAUCAAAUUAAAUUUGUUAUUCAUUAAUUGUAUCGCGAUGAUGUUAUAAUCCGAUAUUUAACUACAUAAAUUUUUAAUAUUGUAAAAUAAUUCAAUGGACUGAAAAAGUGUAUGAAUUUAGGGUUUGAGAAAUCUCUAGACUAUGUAAACACAGGGUUGAUGUUGAAAUAUUUGUCAUAUAAUGUUAAUUUAUAAGAUCAAGACUGAUUAUAGAUUUUAGUUAAAUAAAC